AAGAGCAUGGGGGAGGGAAUGGAAGACUGGGAGAGGAGGAGGAGGAGGGAAAGGAGAGGGCUGAUUCCUCUCCAGCAGAACUGAGCUGUCCAAAUCACAGAAAUAGACACAACGGGAGGGGGUAUGGAGACAGAUCCAUCAUUUUAUCAGCUUCCUGAAGCUUAUGAAGACAAUGUCCAUCAACAGGCCUUUCUGGUGGAGAAAUGAAGAAAUGGAAAUUGUCAGAAUGUGAAGCUCUAGUUUCUGCUCAGUGUCCUCCUAGAUGCUCUGUGUGGGUGAUGGAUGUACAAUCUACAUAUAGAACUCUUUCUAAGAGUGGCCUGGAUCGUGCUGGGGUAGAAUAGCACUCCAAUGCUGCUCUGGCAUACAGUCUGACCUGAAGAACCUAGCCAUCCCACUCUGGAUGGAGGUGUGAGUGAGGCUUGGUCACAACCAUGCAGAGGUUGAGUGAGCGAAGGGUCAUCGGAAACCAGAGUCACUUUUCAGCUGAGCAAAGCUCAUCCUCUAUGCCUGACACCAUUCUCAGGAUUGUCCUCAUUAUUUCCCUCCUUUGUCUUUCUUUAUUUGGAAAUAUAAUGCUCCUGGUGGUUUUUCAUCGAAAGCCUCAGCUGCUCCAGGUAGCAAACCGUUUUAUUUUCAACCUGCUGGUAGCUGAUCUUCUGCAGACAGUCUUGGUGAUGCCUUGUGUCAUUGUUACCUCCCUCCCUGAUAUCUGGCCCUUGGAUAAUGGUCUCUGUGGAGCAGUGGUGGUGCUGAUGCAUUUAUUUGCAUUUGCAGGUGUAAACACAAUCACGGUUGUUUCUGUGGACAAAUACCUGGCCAUAAUCCAUCCAUUGUCGUACCCCACUAAGAUGACCCCAAAGAGAGGCAGCCUUUUGAUAUUUUGCACUUGGAUUUUCAGUGUCCUCCAAAGCACCCCACCUCUUUAUGGCUGGGGGAAGGUUGAAUUUGAUUUACAGAGUCACUACUGUAAAGUGUUGUGGGCUUCAAGUUACUCCUACACCAUGAUUAGUGCUCUGUUUUCCUUUAUCUUGCCAGUAAGCAUUAUGUUGGCGUGCUAUGGAAUGGUUUUCAGAGCUGCCAGGAGGCAAAAUGCAUUAGUGCACCCAGUCCAGGCAAAUGGAUGUGACAGGUCUGAAAGCUCUAGAUCCACUGCACUAAACGCACUUGACAAAACAACUCACCACCGACCUCUCUACCACUGCAAAGCAGCCAAGGUUAUCUUUGCAAUCCUGUCAUCUUACAUCAUAAGCAUGGGUCCCUACAGUAUACUCAGCAUUGUCGCCUCCAGUGCCAAUUCAGACAUUCCAAGAGGGGUAACCUCAUUAGUUCUGGUUCUAUUCUUCCUUCAGUGUUGCAUCCAUCCUUAUAUAUAUGGUUAUAUGCAUAAAAGCUUGAAAAAAGAAUUCCUUUUGCUUCUGCAUGGGUUUUUCUGCAAGCAGGUGCAUCCACAAAACACCAUAGUAGACAGUUAUAUUAUCCUAACAGAUGGCAGGAUCUUUCCAUCACACUUUUCUGCUGGUCCUACAGUCAAAUUUCUGGAGGAAGAGACUACCAUUUCUGUCAUAACUGGAAAAAGUAUGAACAAUCUAAAAAUUAAAGAAGGUAAAAAAGAAACUAGUUCAGCCAAUCUAACCCCAGAAAGGGAGCUAAGCCAACAAAAAAGGGGUCCUGAUAUACCACAACUUAUUAAAUGUUAAUGUACUAGAUAUAAGGUAUACAUAAAUAUAUAUAUAUGUAUAUAUAUUUAUGUGGUAUUUGGGGUAACUAAUUAUGGGACAUAUCUGCAUUUAUAAAAGACAAAUGGUUUGAUAUAAAUUAAAGUAAAAAAAUGUGGGUUUCCAUGUUUGACUUUAAAGGUCAAAGCAAAAUUUUGUGGCCCUCCGUUGCAGAUUUAUAGAUUAAUUUUGCUACAAAAACUGAAAUAAGAUUUUUUUUUAUACAAUAAAAUCAUACAUUCUAGUAAACUUUGUUUAGUUUACCUUAUGUUGAUUAUAAAUUAUUGCUUUAAGAGAGGGAGUAUUAACUUUUUAUGUCCAUGUGCCAUUCCUUGCAUUCCAAGGCAUUCACCAGCAAUAUGAGUGUGUUGUGAACUGUAGUUCUGCAACAGCUGGAAUGGCAAAGGAUUUCUAGUUCUGAAAAAGUGCCAGGCCCUUAAAUCAUAUAUGCAAUAAUUGAGUCCAAGGGUCUGGUAUGUGGCCUUCCAGUUGUUUAUGAACUACAGAUCCCAGCAUCCCUUAGAACCUUUCAGCUGUCAAUAGACCCUGAAGGAUGUCUCUAAAAUUAACUAUGUGACAACAGGUUGGAUAGAUCUGCUCUCUAUACAAAUAUCCAUGCACAGUACUUGCACUUUCCAAUUAAUGCAAAACCACAGAGGAGGGAGUAUUCUAACAUCUUGUACUAAAGCAUUCAAUAAAAUGACUUCUUUUCAGAAAUGAAAGGCUUGCAGAAACUCAUUGUGGGGAAACAAUUUCUUAUCUACAGUAUACACAGAAUUUUAUCAUUUUACAGUAAAGUAAGAGCUCAUUGUUGGAAAUAAAUAUUGCUUUACUGCAUUUGGGUGGGGACUGCCAUAUUUCUUGCCUCAGUUGUGGUUAAUUUAAAUGUUUUACAUAAACACC